AUUUUUGAGGGCGAUUUAUUCGUUCUAUUUAACAGUAUUACUAAAAAAAUAAUAAUAAAAUGGCUGAUUUAAAGAAAGAUUUAGACGAAUAUUUGUUACUUCAAAGCGACCAAAAGAAGAAUUUUAAAAUAACUCUACCAGCUUUACAAACACCAAAAAUUCCGAAUUGGUUGAAAAGGGAACAACCUAUUGAAACAGAUACAUGGUACCAAGAAACAAAAAAAGAAUGCUGCCCCAGUCUUUCAAGGUUUCAACGUUUUACACUUUUUGGAAUAUGUAUUUGUAUGGGAAUAUUAUGUUUUAGUUUAUCUUUGAUGUAUAUUCCUUUGUUAUUAUUCAAAGCCAGAAAGUUUGCUUUGUUGUUUACAUUGGGAAGUUUAUUCUUUGUGUUAAGUUUCUUCUUUCUGUGGGGUCCUAUGGCGUACUUAAAGCACAUGUUUACCAGAGAAAAAAUUAUUUUGACUUUAAGUUAUGGUGGGACAUUAUUUGCAACUUUGUAUUGUGCAUUACACCUUCAAAGUACACCUUUUACUGUAUUCUUUGCAGUUGGUCAAAUCGUAUCUUUAUUGAUGACAGUAGUUUCAAAUAUUCCUGGGGGCUCAGCAGGUUUAUCAUUUUUUGGUAGUAUGUUUAGAAGAACAGCCAGUUCAACAUUACCUAUUUAAUACAUAUUAACAAUUGUUAUUUGUGAUGACUGAUUUUUGUAAAUAUGCUUUCUAAAUAUACAGUCCCCAAAAUAGUGAACUAAUUUUUACAAAUUGUAAUUUUUUACAGCGUUAGUGCGUCAUUUUCGGAA